AUGGCGGCCAACGCCCUGCCUAUACGCUUUACUGAGCUACUUCAGUUGACGCAUACAGAGAUUGACCAAAAAUCCAUAGGCUUCAAUUCUUGUACACUAGAGUCCGACCACUACAUCUGCGUCCGCCAGGCCAUUCCGGAAGGCGCCAACCCUGAGGUGAUCAUAGUCAACCUCAAAAAUAACAAUGAAAUCAUCAAGAGGCCGAUCAAGGCCGACAGUGCCAUCAUGCAUUGGUACAAGCAGGUCAUUGCCCUCAAAGCGCAGCAGCGAACCCUACAGAUCUUCGAUCUCGGACAGAAGAUUAAAGUCAAUUCCAACACAAUGCUGGAAGACGUGAUAUACUGGAAAUGGUACAGCCCGGAUAGCUUGGGGCUAGUAACGGAGAACUCGGUGUAUCACUGGAAUGUCUUCGAACAACCGUCUUCUACCCCACAGAAAAUGUUCGACCGGAACGCAAAUCUUUCUGGCUGUCAAAUCAUCAACUACCGUGUGAACGAGGACGAAAAAUGGAUGGCUGUUGUAGGAAUCACCCAACAACAAGGUCGUGUUGUUGGUCAGAUGCAAUUAUACUCAAGAGAGCGUGGUAUCAGCCAGGCAAUUGAGGCUCAUGCCGCAGCCUUCGGGACCGUUCGAUUAGAAGGGGCCCCGGCAGACACAAGAGUCUUCACUUUCGCAGUCCGAUCUGCGGCGUCAGCAAAGCUACACGUUGUGGAGAUUGACCACCAGGCGUCAAACCCUCCUUUCGCGAAAAAAGCUGUCGACGUGUACUUUCCUCCUGAAGCGGUCAAUGAUUUUCCCGUGGCCAUGCAGGUGUCUCAGAAAUACAGCGUCAUCUAUAUGGUGACAAAAUAUGGCUUCAUCCACCUAUACGACUUGGAGACCGCCGCUUGCAUCUUCAUGAACCGUAUCUCAAGCGAGACAAUCUUUACGACGGCCCCAGAUUCUGACUCUUCUGGCAUUGUGGGGGUCAACCGCAAAGGCCAAGUCCUCUCCGUUAGCGUAGAUGAGAAUACCAUCAUCCCAUAUCUACUGCAAAAUCCUGCAAACGGCGCCCUCGCACUUAAGCUUGCUUCACGAGCUGGACUACCAGGAGCCGAUAAUCUGUACGCUCAUCAGUUCGAGAACCUCAUGGCUUCCGGUCAAUAUACGGAUGCCGCCAAGAUUGCUGCUAAUUCUCCUCGGGGAUUCUUGAGGACGCCCCAAACGACUGCGAGGUUUCAAGGCUUACCUUCACAGGGGGGGUGGAUUGACUCCUCAUCUACAAUACUUUGGUACUUUACUGGACAAGGGACCACUCAAUAG